AUGCCUGACAGUGACCAGAACACGGGGCAACGUUGUAAACAACAGUGUUGGAGUGCUGGCUACAAGUUUGCGGGAACUCAGGGCGGAGUAGAGUGUUUCUGCGGAAACAUUUUUAUAAAUCACGGAAUAGGAAUGGGAUGUACAACCAUGUGUUCAGGUAGUAAUAAUGGUGAAAUGUGUGGUGGUCUUUGGCAUUUAUCCCUGUUUGAGACUGGGCUUUACGUACCAAAUGGAUUUAUUGGAUGUUACAAGGACAAAAGAGACCGUAUUUUGUCGACGAGCUUGUAUAGUAGUGAUUCAAUCACGGGAGACGUUUGCAAACAGGAUUGCAAGGACGCCGGCUACAGAUAUGCUGGAACAGAGGGUUUGGAAUGCUUCUGUGGACACACGUUUAAAGAUUACACUAAGGAAACAGGGUGCAACGCAUGGUGUUCUGGCAAUCAAAAUGAAAGAUGUGGAGGCCAUUGGCGCAUCUCUCUCUAUGAUACAUCAUGUGAGUUUGUGAACUACCUCAAGUAA